AUGGGACCGGAUACACCUCUGCCUCUUCCAGCCGAGUUCACAAACACCGACGAAUACGUCGAGUCACUGCUCGAAUUUGCAACUUCCUCAUGGCUGCUCCAGACACUAUGCGGCGGCGUCCACAUUUUGGACUUUUACACAAGGUCACCUGACCUUUACUCGCACAUCUUGCCCCAAUCAUGGAGGGAUUGGUUCAAGACACGCGACAUCAUGGACAUUUUGGAUUUGCUCAUGAGAGAGGACCUUAGCCAGUUUGAUGUGAAGCAACCAGAAGGCCCCGGAGAUUGGCGAGAUGGGCCACCACCGCCACAGGAGCUGCUAGAUUACAUUAAGACAGUCCGGAAGCACUUGCUGGCACGCGACUUUCCUCCACCCAACUCAAACAUCACAGCUGGGAAGCCUGCGAUACCACGCCAUAUUGCCAUGGGCAUGAAAGUCAAGAAGGUGCACGAGGUCGAUAACUUUGCACGCUACAUUGACAGGCUGACCGCUGAGAUUGCGUCCUCCAAAAAGAAGCCUAUCACGCACCUCGUGGAUUUUGGUUCUGGUCAGAAUUACCUUGGACGUGCUCUUGCUGCAGCGCCCUAUUCCAAGCACAUUGUCGCAGUGGAGAGUAAGCAACACAACAUUGAGGGUGCCAAGAACAUGGACAUGUUGGCAAAGCUGGUGCCCAAACCUGUCGUUAUGAGGAACAAGAAGGAAUACAGGGCCAAAAUAGGCAAAGUCAAGAAAGGCAGGGAGAAUGGGGUCAAUGCCUCUACUGGGUCGUCUAGCGCAGAUGCUCUGGCGCAGGGAACAGAUGAACAAGCAAACUCACAAACAAAUGAAGUCGGGUCAAUUCCACCUACCGAACAUAAAUCAGCCAGUUCAACCUUGACUAGCGGGCCACAAUGUGACGACGGGUGUGUGCUUCCACAAGCAACCGAGAUAUCUGCAAACAGCCCCCCGAGUGAGGCGACCAAAACGUCUACGCUACAGAUAUACAACGAAGGCCAUGGUAGUGUCCAAUACGUUGAGCAUAUCAUCAAAGAAGGCGAUCUCACGCCGGUCAUCGACCAGGUUCUGGAUACCACUCGUGUACCUGAGGAAGCUGUUACACAAGACAGUGCUGUGGUUGCCGAAGCUACAAACUUGGAUGUAGUGCCCAAGCCCACUGAUGUGAACGCCAUGGUAAUCUCUCUUCAUUCAUGCGGCAAUCUAGUGCAUUAUGGGCUGCGCUCCAUGAUGCUUAACGCUCACAUCUCAGCCGUAGCCAUGGUGGGCUGUUGCUACAACUUGCUCACUGAACGUCUUGGUCCGCCAACGUACAAGCUACCUACACUGCGCGCGAAUCAUCCGCGCCUGGAAUCCACAUCCAGUGCUUUCGACCCCAAUGGCUUUCCAAUGUCAGAAAAGCUUGCAAACUACCCACUUCCAUAUGCCCCUCUUGAUUCGCGCAGUGGCGAGACAGCUGAACAACCCAGAGGGGUUCGACUCAACAUCACGGCCCGCAUGAUGGCCGUGCAAGCACCUUUCAACUGGGGUCCUGUCGACUCAGACCUGUUUUUCACCCGUCACUUCUUUCGAGCACUGCUUCAGCGCAUCUUUCUCGAUCGUGGCGUAGUCUCUGCGCCCUUACACGAUCAAGGUCUCACUGGCAGUGCAGUGUCAGCAAACGGUCACACGUCGCAAGUAAACUGGACACCACCCAAUGGCCGUGGCCCUGGCCUCUCUUCAGACGGCACUACUACGCCUCUUACAAUUGGAACGCUGCGCAAAUUUGCUUACAGCGAUUUCGUCUCAUACGUUCGCGCCGCAAUUGCAAAACUUACGGCCGACAACUCAUUUUGUGAGAUCGACCCCAACUUCAUCAAGGAGAAGAUGGAUGGUUUGACAGACGACGAUAUUCGGAACUAUGAGGUCAGGUAUGCAGAGAGGAAAAAGGAGCUGAGUGUCAUGUGGAGCCUGAUGGCCUUCAGCGCUGGUGUGGUCGAAGCUGUCGUGGUCACGGAUCGGUAUCUGUGGCUAAGAGAGCAGGAAGAGGUUGAGCAUGCAUGGGUCGAGCCCGUUUUCGAAUAUAAGCAUAGUCCGCGCAAUUUGGUGGUGGUAGGCCUCAAGAAAUAG